ACAUUCGAUAGUUUAAAUUUGCAACCGUUCAUCAUGGCGAUCUGAAAAAUAAUUUUUGCUCAAAAAUAAAAUAAAUAAUCAAAAGAAUUGUAAUUCCGCGAACGCGAAUGCGACUUUGCGAAACGUGAGUUUGAAACGGACGCAGUGCGAAAUCCUCGGGCUGCGAUCGGAUUUCGGCCAGUAACAAGUGCCUGGCGUGUGUGUCUGCGGCGGCAAAAAACCCAAAUACCAGCAGAAGCUUGUCCCCAAUCCAAAACAGUGACCGAACCAACAAGAAAAAAGUGUGUGCGAAAACAACGAACAAUAACAAAAGGCAGGAAGAGGAGGUGGUGUGGUGACAUUGGACGACUAACUCGCCCGUGGAGGAGUGCGGAGCACACAGGACUGCAAAGUGGCGUCGCUACUGGAUAUCCGGGCUGGGGCAGCAGCGGCGUCCAUGUCCACGGGGUUCCAAAGGCGGACUAGGACCACCAAGAACCACGACCAGCCGCAGCCGGUCUGGUGUCGCCAACUGUGGCCUUAAGCAUGUAGUCUUGCAGCACAGAACCCGUUCUCUAACAAGCACAAGACACAAGGAACAAGCUACCAAUCGAAGCAAAAACACACACAAAUCCAAUCAACACCAAUGAAAAAUGUCACAAAGAGGUAAGCGCGGUAAUCAGCAUCACCACCAGUCGCAGCAGCGCAAGGAUGUUGAGCCGCAGCCACCGCCCACCAAGCGGCGCAAGGGCAGGCCGCCCAAUGGGGCUACUGUCGCCGAAGCGACUGGAGUGGGUGCAGGAUCUGGAGCGGGAACAGCUGCGGGAUCAGAGCGGGUUCCAGUUCUGCCUGUGAGCAACAGCAAGCAUGACCAACAGGGAGAGCCAGAGCCUGACGCGGGAGGAGGAGCAGCCGGAGGAGGAGGCACCAGCUCUAGCACUAGCAAAUCCAAGUCAACGAAGCUGGCCAAGUCGGCCAGCAAGUGCAAGUCCCAAGGGGCGAGUUCGAGCAGCUCCUGGCAGGCGCGCUCUGUGGCGGACAUUAAGAUGUCGAGCAUCUACAAUCGCAGCUCCACGGAAGCCCCAGCUGAACUUUACCGCAAGGAUCUCAUUAGCGCAAUGAAAUUGCCAGACUCUGAGCCGUUGGCCACCUACGAGUAUUUAAUAGUAACGGACCCAUGGAAGCAGGAAUGGGAAAAGGGCGUACAAGUGCCUGUUAAUCCCGACUCUCUUCCCGAGCCAUGCGUUUACGUUCUGCCCGAUCCUGUUGUGUCGCCUGCACACGACUUCAAACUUCCGAAAAAUCGCUAUCUGCGCAUUACCAAAGACGAGCACUACUCGCAGGAUCAACAUUACCUGACGAAUGUCGUUGCCUUGGCGGAGAACACAUGUGCCUAUGACAUUGAUCCUAUUGACGAGGCCUGGCUGCGCCUCUACAACGGGGAUCGCGCCCAAUGCGGAGCUUUUCCCAUCAACGCGACGCAGUUCGAGCGCAUCAUUGAGGAGCUAGAGGUCCGUUGCUGGGAACAGAUCCAAGUCAUACUCAAGCAGGAGGAAGGCUUGGGUAUCGAGUUCGAUGAGAAUGUCAUCUGCGAUGUCUGCCGUUCGCCCGACUCCGAGGAGGCGAACGAAAUGGUAUUCUGUGAUAAUUGCAAUAUCUGUGUGCACCAGGCUUGUUACGGCAUUACAGCAAUUCCAUCAGGCCAAUGGCUAUGUCGCACCUGCUCGAUGGGAAUCAAGCCGGAUUGUGUCCUCUGUCCGAACAAGGGAGGUGCCAUGAAGUCCAACAAGUCUGGUAAGCACUGGGCACAUGUUUCGUGCGCCCUGUGGAUACCCGAGGUCAGCAUAGGGUGUGUGGAUCGCAUGGAGCCCAUCACGAAAAUCUCAAGCAUUCCUCAGUCGCGCUGGUCCCUGAUUUGUGUGCUCUGCCGCAAGCGCGUUGGCAGCUGCAUCCAGUGCUCAGUAAAGCCCUGCAAAACAGCCUACCAUGUGACCUGUGCUUUCCAGCACGGGCUGGAAAUGCGUGCAAUCAUAGAGGAAGGCAAUGCUGAAGACGGCGUGAAGCUUCGGUCAUAUUGCCAAAAACACAGUAUGAGCAAAGGCAAGAAGGAGAAUGCUGGUGGCCAUGGCGGAGGCAGUGCCUCAGUCGCGAGCGCCAUGCACAAAGCAAACAGGUACACCAGUGGAGGAGGUGGAGCAGCAGAUGAUGGCAGUAGCGCGUGUGGGACAUCUGGGGAGGAUCCACGCCGACGAAAAAAUCACCGAAAAACUGAACUGACCUCUGAGGAACGUAACCAAGCCAGGGCUCAGCGCCUUCAGGAGGUGGAGGCUGAGUUCGAUAAGCAUGUUAACAUUAAUGAUAUAAGUUGCCAUCUCUUUGAUGUCGACGACGACGCUAUUGUUGCCAUAUACAACUAUUGGAAGCUCAAGCGAAAGUCGCGGCACAACCGCGAACUGAUCCCGCCCAAGUCCGAGGACGUAGAGAUGAUAGCCCGCAAGCAGGAGCAGCAGGACAUGGAAAACCAUAAGUUGGUUGUUCACUUGCGUCAGGACUUGGAGCGAGUUCGUAAUCUCUGUUAUAUGGUCAGCCGCAGAGAAAAGCUUUCGCGCUCGCUUUUUAAGCUACGCGAGCAGGUCUUCUACAAACAGCUGGGUGUGCUUGACGAAAUGCGGUUGGAGAAACAGCAGCAGCCAAAGCAAGACGAAAAGCAACGGCCUGCAAUGGAUCUAGACGCCGUAAUCUACGCCAACGACGGACCCACUUUGUACGACCGCUUCUACAGCUCGGAUGGAGGACAAACUGUGCCGGCGCAGUACCACGAUUUGAAGUACAUCCUCGAACAGCUCAUGGGCAAGCUACAGAGUGGAAAACAGGGGCGUGGCCGGGCCUCUCAGUCUCCCAACAAACGGAAGCAGCCUGCAAAAGCGUCACCCAGCAAGAAGCUUAACAAUGGCAACAUCAGCUCGCGUACCUCCUCGCCUGAAAAACCCGCGGCGGGGAGUAAGGUGGGGCUGACUGUCACUAAGGUUCGGUCCCCACCUGGGAAGCCCCCUGCAGGGAGGCGUGCCUCGAGGAGCGGCGCGGCGGCGGCGACGUCGACCCACAACAGAAACCAAUCGCACUCAAAUAUCCGGAGUAGCGCGUCCUCCCAUUCGUCAAGCGGCAGCUCAUCAUCGGGUAAUUCCAGCUCGGCGAAUGGCACCAGUAGUUCCGAUAGUUCCUCUGGAAGUGAAUCGGGUAGUGAAAGCGGAAGCUCCAGCGCGGCCAGCGGAGCCUCAAAGCGAAAGUCUUCCUCAGGAAGUCCCCUUAAGAAGCAAAGCUACUCUCGAUCUGUUGAGCAACGACAAAAACAACGCCAACGUCGUCAAAGUGAAGCAGCUGCGGGUGCGACUGCAGCGUCUCCGGAUUCAAGGUCAGCGAGCAGCUCCAGUGAUGACGAAGAUGUGCGUCGCCGGAAUCGACAAGAACAAGAGAGCGGCACGAGACGUGGGCCAAUCCACGGCAAACCAGUACCUAACAAAAACCAGCCAACUAAGUCAAAACCAAUCACGGAACCCGGAGCUGGGCCGGGAGCUGGUGCAUCAGCAAGAAGAAAACUGUCCACGACAACACGGGGGCUUGCCCAAAUGCACAGAGAUGCCGAGGAGAGCUUGUCGAGUGACGAAAGUGAAGAACUGUUGCCUCUGAGGGGCGAAAGACAGCGAGAUAGCACAAUGACGUCCGGACUGGUCACGACUAGCUCGACCACAAAUCGUAAGAUGGGCCGGCACAUCUACUCAGACUCAGAAAGCAGUUCCUCAGCCCAGGAAAAGGAUCCAGAAGAGCAGGCAACUGUGGAAAGCAACGUAAGUGACUCACAAAACCAGCAGACGAUUCGGACGAAAGCGGCCAUGAAAGAGUUUGUGCCAGGAACAGCUGCCACAACUGCAUCUACCACCCAAUCAGUUUGUAAGCCCAAAUCCACCAAGGAAGGAAAAGAUGCUAAGGAAACGGGCACCAGUAUUGGUAACAGCACAAAGUCCAAAACGAUGUCGAAUGCCAAGUUGCUUUAUCCGGCCGAUCUACUAGUAGUGCCACAGCGCCAGGCAGCAAAGAAGGCAUCGGAGAAUAUGCGGUCCACGAAUCUCGCAACGGCGAUACAACCAGAUAUCUCCGACAGAGUCAGAGAGACUGAAACGAAUUCAAUUCCAACGAGUGCCAAAAACAAGCUUAAGGACUCGAGCUCCCGAGCAGCGCUCGAAACGGAUAAAUCCAGUCUUGAAAAAGUUCGACCGAAGGAACAGCCGCAGAAGGCGGGUGGCAAAUCCUCGGAGAGCGCGCCCGCGGAACGUGGAAAACGUGGAAGACCACCAAAAAUUCCAAAGGAUCCGCGUCCUCCAUCCACUUUAGAAAAAGAUAAGCCUUCGGUUCCUACGCCUUCCCAAACCAAGCCAACAUCUUCCGGCCCAACAACCCCCGCUUUAGCCAAGACAAACUUUGCCGUCUCCUUAGUACCUCAACGACAAGCGGCUAAGAAGGCAGCUGAGCAAUUGAAGAGUAACAAACCCGUGCAGGAAACUUUCUCAACUGGUAACGACACCUCAGACAAAGAACCAGUGACGGCAGCGACAGGAUUUGGAGCUGCAGCAUCUGUAUCAGUUGCUACCACGCCGGUUAAGCCGACCAGACGGACCUCAUUAAAGGAAUCACCAAUUACUCCCAAGGAAUCAUUAACUAGUAGAAGAAGGUCGAAAGAAGAGGCGGUACUGACACCUAUAAAGACAACUUCCCCCGUCAAGCGUCGUGUAGUUGUACCCAAUCUUUCAAGUUCCAGUUCUGGCGACAGUGACACCUCAAGUUCCUCCAGCAGCUCCGGAAGUAGCUCGAGCAGCGGUGGCAGCGACUCUGAUAGCGAGUCUCAGGUCAGCGAUUCGGAAAAACCGUCUAACAGAGAGCCAGCCCAAGCCCCGGCGCAAGUUUCCUCUGUGCCCUCUAUUGUGCCAAAGCGAUCUCCUCGCAAGUCUGUAGACAAGCCUAUAGCACCAGCUCUAACGGUUGCACCACCACAGCCCUCUCUAACGCAAACGCCUUCAACGCGAUCUCGUCAGAACUCCACAACAAAAUCGCCAAAGGGAGCGUCGCAAAAGCUGGUGGUCGCUGUCCAGGAUGACGUCCAGAGUGCCCCCAAGACACAGUUACAACGGCGCCAGGAGUCUUUGGAUGAGGGUGGGAAGCAGGUCCAGUCGGAACAGGCCUCUAAGAGGGCGACUCGUGGCUCCAAAUCGAGGCCACCAUCACCAGCAGUUAAGUCCCCAGAAAAGUCAACCAAUAGGCGUAAGUCCCGAGCGGAAGAAUCUCCUAAGAAGGUGGCCAAUUUGGAACAUGAAAUUAACCAAAGGAAAGCAGCCAGCGGCAAAGCAACUAGUUCAUUGGACAAGCUUUUGAAUAAGAAACAGCAGCAGAUAAAUCAUUCUGCACCAACUACGCCACCUCCGAUGUCGCCGACUCCACCUGCAUCUACCACACCCAUCGUGAAGGAUCAAAGUGACCACGAACACGAAGAGGUGUCUUUCCACCAGACCAACUUGGACGUAGAUGCGCAGCCUGAACCCGAGGCGCAUCAAGAGACUGCCACAGAAGCUGGCGAACUGCCAAUGGAUAUUGAUGAGGAGCUGACUACAGCUCCAACGCGAACGCAAUUGUCUGCAAACGCGAGCAAACUGGCGGACAUUAUAGACGAUGAGCGUCCUCCGGCCGCUCCGCUUCCUGCCUCGCCCACUCCCACUCCUACCUCUAAUGAUGAGUUGUCCGACGCCGGGAGUGAUCUCAGCGAACGGCGUCGCAUGCGACGACGUUCCAGGCGAAGAAGGAGGAGACGAAGCCACGAGCCAGAUGAGGAGCACACGCAUCACACCCAACACUUACUUAACGAGAUGGAAAUGGCACGAGAAUUGGAAGAGGAACGUAAGAACGAGCUGCUUGCAAAUGCCAGUAAAUAUUCGGCGUCUACAUCCUCUCCAGCAGUCACGGUUAUACCCCCCGAUCCGCCGGAAAUCAUUGAACUGGACUCGAACUCUGCAAAUUCUGGAGCGGAUCAGCAGCAUAUACAGCUGCAGGAGCAACCGUUGCCGACUCCGCUUGUUUUGCAACCUCCGGCUGCCGAGGUGGCAGCAACCGCUGUCGAACCACAGUUGCUGCCUCCCCAGCGGCCUCUAAUAGAGCCACUGCCUGUCGAGCACUUGCCGCCAGUGCUGUCGGAGCCCAUCGUUGACACAAUACUCGAGAUGGAGGACAGUAAAUUCGCAAACAACUUUGCGUCGAGCCUAGCCAGCGUAUUAAAUCCUCCAAAUCCAGGGCAGAUGAGCAUUCUCGGAUCGAGUAUGGACAGGAGUAAACAAAUCAGUGAAGAGGAUAGUAUCCAGGCAACGCGAAACCUUUUAGAAAAACUACGCAAAACAAAGCGCAAGCCACUGGAUGACAGUUGUUCAAAGGAGGCAGUCGAUCUGCUGCCUCCAACUCCAUCCAUUCCAUCAGUGUUUCCUUUCCAUAAUGCUGCAGACCCAGAGGAUAUAAUUCAUGCUCAGAAAGAACAGCAGCAACAGCAACAACAGCAACAAACACAAGCAUGCAUAUAUGGCAACUCAUCUGGACCAAACUCUGUGGCCUCAUUGACCAUCAAGGAUUCACCCCUGACGGCCAACAGUGGAAGCUAUGCAAACAGUCUUACCAGCACACCAAAUGCAACACCCACCAAUGCCACAAUGAGCAAUCUCGGACCAGGCAGUGGCUUCCAAGUAAACUUUGCGAACUCUCAGCAGCCGCCAUCGUUAAGUCUCUUUUUGGAAAAGUCCCCCCACCAAAAAGGUGCCUGUCCACUAUCCAGCAAUGGUGCAGGACCACCUGGAUCCACUCCCGACUUUGUGGACUUGGCAGCAGCGGCGGUGAAGAACACUCUCGGAAGUUUUCGCGGAGCAGCUGCCGUUCCCACACAAUCCGGAGCGGGAGGCAACAACAAGAUCAGCGAUUACGACGAAAACACCCGGAUGCAGUCACCAUUUGGGCGAAUUCCGUGGAACGAAAACGACCUUAUCGCGGAGAGAAGAAGUAGUUCACCGAGCUCAGUGUCCGAGUCAAAUGAUCCUCCUCCGCCACCUCCAGCCGUUGCGGCGGCAGCAGCAUCAGCGGCACGUACGCUCGCUCAGCUUGAAAGCUGUAAAAACUUUUUUAACAGCUAUUCAAGUGGAAAUGGAGGUCCUGGCAGCGCUACAAAUGCUGCGGCGCCAUUUAACCAUGCCCCAUUGGUAAACGGUAUUGAUGCCAUACCAAUGUUUAACAAUACGCCGGCACCGCAGCAUCAGCAAACGACGCCAACACACCAACAGCAGCAGCAGAGAACUCCAAACAGUCAGUACAAUGGAGCAAUCUAUCCCCAAAUUUCGGGCAUUAUGCAUCCACAGACAACUCCGACGGAACCGCCUCCAAGCAUGUACGGCAAUGGUACAGUUGGAGGAGUAGCAGUACCAGGGGUCGGAGUUGUCAGUGCUGUACAGUCUGCGACACUACCUCCUCCGCCACAAGUCAACCAGUACUCCGGAACUCCUUAUUCCACGGCCAACUUGGGAAUCCUUCCUGGGCAACAGCCUGCUCUUCCACCUGUUCCUGUUCAGACUACGACAACGCCAAACCAUCCAUUUGCCCUGACAUCGCCGGUGGAUGGAAAAAUGACUACUUAUCCGACUCAACUUCUAAGCAGCUGUGCUGAAGCAGCCGUGGCCUCGAUGAUGCCGCCAACACCACCGGUUCCAGUCGCAGCCAAGGAAUCGCCAAGCAAAAGGACAAGCGUCAGUGGUGGUAGCUCAUCCAAGAAACAGUCGCACAAGUCUCCCCAACUGCCGCAGGGAAAAUCUCCGGGAAAGUCACCUAGACAGCCUCUUCAGCCCCCAACCCCUCCCGCACCAGUUCCCGGGGUGUCGUUGCCGCCCACAAAAUAUGAUCCACAAACACACACCUUACAGGGUAAGCCACGUCAGCGUGCUCCGCGUGGGAGCGGCGGGACUGGGGCACAGGGCAGGGGAAGAGGACGCGGAAGGGGCAGAGGACGCGGUGCUGGAGCUGCGAGUGGAAUGGCCAUGGUCCUACAGCCGCCAAUGUCUGAUUAUGGAAGCAAUACCCAUAUAGUUAAUAACUUGGUCGGAACCCCCUUUGAGUUUAACAACGAGUUCGACGACAUGGCAGGACCAGGUGUGGAAAAUCUUCAGUCGCUUAGGGACCGUCGAAGAAGUUUCGAGUUGCGAACAUCACGAGGUCAGAACAAGCCCACCGCUACGCCAACUACCGCGGCAACUACCAAUCCGCUUCUGCACCCAGUACUUCCAGGACCAGUGGACAUGAGGACAUACAAUCUUGGUUUCGAGGCGCCUCACAGUACAGCCUCUCAAGAGGCCUACCAAAAUAAUCUUUUAGGUGCCUUUGACUCGGGGACCGCAGAUCAAACGCUUAGCGAGUUUAAUGAAGAGGAUGAACGCCAGUUCCAAUCGGCACUGCGAGCUACUGGCACUGGAAGUUCCCCCAACAAGCAGCCAUCAGCACCAACUGCGCCAGUUGCAGCUCCAGGUACUUCCAACCAGACUCCUGCGGCGAACCUCCUUCUACAUUCCACAGAAGCGAACCAAAUGGCACCGAGUGUGGUUGGCGCGGGUGCCGCAACUCACUUGGUGGAAGGCUCGCUGGUUGAGGCUUCUCUGGAGGCAACGUCAGAGGAGGUAUCUAUCGACUCGGACAGCACGAUACUACACACCAAGAACUCGAUCUCCGAUGCCCGAAGUCAGAUAAAACUAAAGAUCAAGAGCCCGUUGGUUUAUCCUGAGCACUUCAACGCCAUGACAAACAGCGGCAGUCUAAAUUUGUCUAGCACUAUGGUGCAGUCCUCCAGUACAGUGCAAACCACUGUAUCCACUUCGACGGUUGUCAGUGCGUCAUCCGCUGUAAGUGGCAACUCUCGCCGGAUGCGUAAGAAAGAGUUGCUCAGUCUCUAUGUUGUACAGAAAGAUAACCUCAAUGACGACAGCUCGUGCGGACUUCCCGCCGCUUCGGACAAUUUGCCACUUGAAAAUAUGCUCCGAAAGUCGGAGGAGGAAGAUGAACUGCCCGGCGGCAACGGUUCGAAAAGGUUUAAAAAGAAUUCAAGCAGCAGGGAGUUGCGCGCGCUAGAUGCGAACUUGGCCCUUGCGGAGGAACAGUUGCUGUCCGGCGGUUCGGGAAUAACUGCAGGAACAUCAUCUGGUGACGGCAGACGGCGUAGCGCUUGCAGCUCUGGUAGCAAUAACGACAACAACGGCAAGACCGGAGCAGCCAGCAGUGCAGGUAAGCGUCGUGGACGAAGCAAGACUCUUGAGAGCAGCGAGGAGGACCACCAGGCCCCCAAACUGAAGAUCAAAAUCAGGGGAUUGGCGGCCAACGAGACACCAUCCGCUGGUUCCAGUGCCGGGGAGGGCCAGAGCUACAGUUAUGAGAUGACCCGAAGGGCUUGUCCUCCUAAGAAGCGAUUGACGAGCAAUUACAGCACGCUUACGCUGGAGGAGAUCAAGAGGGACUCGAUGAACUAUCGCAAAAAAGUCAUGCAAGACUUUGAUAAGGGCGAGGACAACAAUAAAAGGGAUGUCCUCGUCCAAGAUGGCGAGUCCCUUAUAAUGCCCCAGCCUCCCACGAAACGACCCAAGUCUUCCAAGCCCAAAAAAGAUAAGAAGGAGAAGAAGCGCCAGAAACAACAACAGCUAAUCCUUAGCAGCAGUACAACCACCAUGACCACUACGUUGAUUGAGAAUACGGCCAGUGCGUCGCCAGGAGAUAAGCCCAAGCUGAUCCUGCGUUUUGGCAAACGAAAGGCGGAGACCGCGACAAAGGCUGUCUGCCUGGAGCAGCCUCCGGCGGUGGAAGCACCUGCACCCCUGCGCUUUAAAAUAGCCAGAAACUCCUCUGGCAGCGGCUACAUAAUAGGCACGAAAGCGGACAAAAAAAAUGAGCCUACCCCAGAGCACACGUCCCCGGGAACUGAGCUGCCGCUCAUGGAACCAAUUGGAGAGGCGUCUCCCCAGGGUCGGCAGCUCAACAGCUUUACGCCGCACUCCCAGAAUGCAAACGCAUCGCCAGCCCUGCUUGGCAAGGACACGGGCACCCCAUCGCCGCCCUGCCUUGUUAUAGACUCUAGCAAGAGUGCCGACGUGCAUGACUCCACAUCUCUGCCCGAGAGCGGCGUGGCUGCCAUGGGCGUGCCGGCGUCCCUUGUGGGCGCCACCACCCCGCUCAGCGUCAACGUUGGCAACUACGAGAACAGCAACAACUCACUGCCUUCGGCUAGUGGCACCUCGGCUUCCAGCAACUCCUGCAACAGCAACUCGAACAACAACAACAAUAACAAUGGCAGUGGUGGUGGACGCCCCGGCGGGGGAGGUAGUUUACUUCCAUUAAAAAAAGACUGUGAGGUUAGAUGAUAAUCGUAGAACGCGAGAGUGCCGCUUGUGCGUGCAGCCUUUCCCGUCCCUUCGCUCAUUUAAGCUUUCGAUUUCUCCCUCCCUUUGUGAUUUAAAUCCUUGCCUCGACCCUUACACAGUUUUAGCUUUUGUUGUAAAUGAUCGAACAUCGGGCCCCAAAUCGAACUUUCAAUUGUACAGUUAGUUUGUAAAUCCCUUUCCUAUUAUUUUAUCUGUCUGUAACUGGUUUGUUGUAAUCGCAUAAGCGUAAAGAAGAUAUUAUAUCCAUACCUAUAAUAUAUUAGCAUGCAUAUACCACAUUAUGCGAGAAACAGAAAUUAAAAUUGUACAUUUUUAGUGAAGCCGAUUUUACGAUUAAGGUUUUGUAAAUUACUGUAUUAAAGUUAUAAAAGAUACAAGAACGCAGACACAGUCGUCUAGCAUAAAAAUCCAAAAAUGCUCUCGGUUUAGGUUUAUGAAAGCCUCCAUUUACCUAUAAAUCCUUCCACGCCUCCUACUCACUAAAAAUGAUCGAUAAACCCAAGCAUAUAUUCUAAACACUAUUUAUUAAUAAUUAUUUAAUAAAAUGCGUAAAAUAAUCGUAAAAUAUUAGCAAAAACUGUUAAAUGCGUGCAAAAAGUAACAACAAUUUCAACAAUUGUAGCUAUAGUCAUUAAUUGUAGUUCUUAGCGAAAAUCAAAGCCGGUUGUCCGUGACCGCAAUCUAAGUGCAUAUAACGCUCCCUCUUCCCAAAACCUAUACCUAGAGAGAUGAACAAGAAAUUAUCAAAAUAUUACCCUACAAUUUUCGGAAGGGAAAUGUUUGUAUUUUAGCGUGUAAGAAUGCAACGUAUCGAAAACUCAAAAUGAAAAGUUUUUUUGUUUUGCGUUUUAUAGUGUUGAAGCAAUAGUAACAUAGGCAAAAGUACACUGGUUUUCUAUAAGCAAAGGUGCCUACAGCCUCGAGCCAAGUCACAUACACAAAACACGCCCAAAAAUAACCAUUUAAAGCAGUCUAAGUCCCGGGCACGAGAACCUCAAUCCUGGAGCCAUUGCUCGGUGUGAUUGCAUUCCAGAUUCCAAUUGCGGAACGAUACACAGAGCCUCGGCCCACUAGACACUCAGAUGCUCUUUUGUCGCCAAUAGUUCAACAAAUUACUUUCCUAUUAACUAUUCGCAUCGGGCGUACCUCCACUAAGGGGAUGAAAAAAUGAUCGAAAACACACGCAACCAAUAUUUAUUCUAAAAUAAAAACCCGCGGAAAGGCAACAGAGAGAAUAACUAAAAUAAAUGUGUAAAGAACCAAGCAAAAAGUAAAUUUAAAAGUUAACGAUAUUUCUGUAAUUGUAAAUAAUUGUGCGCGAAAAAAUGUUUUUAAUUAAUACCAUUACGUUAACUCUAAUUAUUAAUUAAUUAUUAUGAUUAUUAAUUUUAAUUCUAGUUUUUAGCAAAAAUUUAAUAAAAGCAAAAAAGCCUUAUUUAAAAACAAAAGUUUAAAAAAAUGCACCAUACUUUAUUUCUCUUAUUAGGGAGUAACUUGUUGAAUUCCAUGCACGCGAAGCCAAACCCACUUGUCAAUUACUGCGAAAGGUAAAGGAGUAGAGAGCAGUCUUCGUAAUCGACAUUAAAGUAGUAGGGGGAAGUUCCCAUUAAUACGCAGGUUCCCUGCAUUAAGUAAAAGUAAUAGGUGAAGAUUCGAUUUGUUAUUGUGCAUUAUAUGUGCGCAUUAUUUUUUGUAUUAAUUAAAGCUCGCAGACCAAUUAAAAAUGAGAACUUGUCCCACGUGUAAAUAGGUUACUCGGCAGUAUAGAUGUUGUAAUUUAUGUAAAUAAACGAAAAGUAUGUUGAUUGCAUGCACCAGCAAAGGAAAUAAGAAUGGUAGGAAUAUGGUAAUAUUUGAUAGUGUUGGUAGGCAUAAACCCCUUUACAUUACCAGUGAACCUCGAAUGAUAUGGGCAUGACAAAUAUCUUCUGAAAGCAUCACACUUAAGGGAAAGAAUUAAGUAUUGUAUACAGAAAUGAAAACGGCUAAUGUAUAAUUGUUGGCCGGUGGAAUAGGGAAUUAUACUUUUGAAUUAAAAUUGUAAGGAUAUCAUUUCUCUCU